AUGGCUGACGACAAGAAGGCCUCGGCCGCUGUUGCCGCUGACGCCACAGUCAGUAAGCGCCCUAACAAAUCAUUCUCCAGGCGUGCAACCUCAAAAUUGCGCACCAUCUUCUGCCUUCCCAAUGACUCCCAACUCAGCCUGCAUUCCAAUGAUGAGUCCGAGAAGGGCCAAAAAGACAAGAACAAGGAUGAGAAGCCAGAGGACCAGACCAUGAAAACAGAGUUCAAGCACCUCGAUAGGAAAUUCGAUGACGAGGACCAGCCCUAUUUCGUCGAGAGAAAGAAAGAGGAUAUCGAAAAGGGCGAGAAGAAGGACUGGUGGCAGCUGUUCGCCUUCUGCGUCGUUCGUCGCUACGACUCAGACGGCGACCUCGACGAGACCUAUCUCUACAUCAACCCCCAGCCCUUACGACAACUGCUGAAGGACGUGAUUGGCAACUACCCUGCCGAUCCCAUCGAUGUCGACGACGUGCAGAUUGAAGCUCCUUACCACUCCCUGUUCCACUACAGGAAACAGCUUGAGGAGGUUGGUAAUGCACGCUUCAAGGAGAUCGGAGACACCCAGUCGCUCGAGCAGCUCACGCUACUCCUGGGGUGGAUCAAGACAACCUUUGAGCUGGAGAUAGCGGCCUAUGAGAAGUGCAUGUCUAGCGAUCUCAAGGCCAUCGCCUACGACAAGCUAUGGACUAUUUUCAUGCCGGGGACAAUUGUGUAUGCACAGAUUCAGAAGCAGCACCGUGCCUUCCGCGUGGUUGACUACUGGUACGACGACGACGACGAGGAGAACCCCGGGCUGAACCUCAAGAGCAAUUUCGUCGACUAUGACGGAGAGAAGCUUGGCGUUAGGAGACUGGAUUUGUUCAUCCCCAAGUACGGCGGCAUCAGGGAGAUCAGAGAGCAAGAGGUAAAGCCUCUGGACCUGCUUGAGGAUGCGGACGAGAUCAAGAAGACGAUGAUUGCACGCGGCAGAAAGUUUGAGGAAUUCGCCGUCGGCCAGCACUUCCUCCAAUACGUCGGAUUAGGCCUCAAGAGGGAUCCGCAAUGCCCACGCAACUACAUCAAGUUCGACGCGACGGGCCGGGUGAUGAUUGACGUCAAAACCUACCACAGAUUAGACGCAAACGACUCAAUCUGGGUUGUUGGCUUUGGGAAAGAUCGCGAGGAGGGCAAGUUGACCGAAGAGGACUGCCUACUCGCGAAUGCCAUGUGCAGAGGUUAUUCCAUGAACGCCAAGAAGUUUCUCGAGCUCUCUGUUGACAACCUGAGCGAGAUCGAGUGGAACACAAGCUGCUUCGAGGACCUGGUCCUGGACCCGUCCACGAAGAAGACAGUCCAGGCUUUGGUAUCGACACAUUCUCAGAGGCGCGAGUCUCCCGAUGGGAAGAAGCAGGAUGGCUUCGAUGAUAUUGUCAAGGGCAAGGGCAAGGGUCUUGUCUGCGUCCUUCACGGUCCCCCAGGUGUCGGGAAAACAUUGACAGCAGAAUGUGUUGCCGAGUAUGUUCGGCGCCCUCUGUUUAUGGUUUCAUCCGGAGACCUGGGAGUUACGAGCGAGCAGCUCGACGUGCAGUUGACUGAGAUCAUGGACAUGACGUCCACCUGGAGAGCGGUCUUGCUGAUCGACGAGGCCGACGUGUUUCUUGAGCAGCGGGCUUUGCAUGAUUUGCACAGGAACGCAAUGGUCAGCGUGUUUUUGCGAGUACUUGAGUACUACGCUGGUAUCCUUUUCCUGACAACGAACCGGGUCUCGACAUUCGACGACGCAUUCAAGAGCCGCAUCCACAUUCCGAUUAGAUACACAGAUCUGGACGUCACAUCACGCCUCAAGAUCUGGCACAACUUCUGCAAAAAGGUCCCUGGUGGGGUGGAGAUUUCCGAGAAAGAAUACGAGACACUGGCGGAGCACGAAUUGAACGGCCGGCAAAUCAAGAACGUUAUCAAGGCAGCAGAGAGCCUGGCGGCGUUCGACAAGGUCAAGCUUGACUUCAAGCAGUUACAGCAAGUGACCAAGAUCCAAGCUAGGUUCGAGAAGGAUUUGGAGAGCUUUGGCGAUAUAGAUUACACGGCGCCUGGAUCGGCUAAGAAGCAUGCGCAGAACUCGAUCGCACCCCGAGGGCGCCAAUACGAACGCAACGUGAUGGUGCUCGUCUACUCCCGUCUUGGCGAUGGUGCAUCUGGAGGGGCUUCCGGCUUCUGCGUGUCCGAAAUACUCACGGUCGGCAGGGUCCAGGCCGAGGCGUGCAAUACUCCCUUGCGGUCGAAGAAGGCGGAGCUGAUGGCCCCCCUUGCCAUCGAGUUGCUGGGGAUCCCGGCGGUGCUCCUACGGCUGUUCAGCCGAUGGAGGUACACGUCCGGCUACGAGAUCGAUGACUGGAUCAUGGUUGCAUGUCUGCCGAUAUUCAUCGUCUUCGAAGUCGUGGGCCAUAUCUCUGGCCAACUAGGAUUCGGCGUGGACGUCUGGCUGGUCGAGCCAGAGGUCUUCUCAUACGCCCUGAAGCUAUUUUACAUUGACGAGUCGUUCUACCUCACCGUGCUCGUCCUGACCAAGAUCUCCAUCCUGUUCUUCUAUCUGCGCAUCUUCCCACAGAAGAAGUUCCGGUGGACCUGCUACGCCGUGAUGGGCUGGGUGGGCCUUAGCGGGAUCGUCUUCAUCUUCCUGCAGAUAUUCCAAUGCGUGCCGGUGGCGUUCGUGUGGGAGGGUUGGCUGGGCACCUUUGGCCCGUACUGGUGCCUCAACGUGAACGCCCUGACGUACACGGCCGCCGCGUUCAGCAUCACGCAGGACCUCGUCAUCCUCAUCAUGCCGCUGCCCCUGCUCUGGAACCUGAACACGGGCCUGCGGCAGCGCAUCGACAUCGGCAUCAUGUUCAGCCUGGGCUUUUUCAUCCUGCUCACCAGCUGCAUCCGCCUCGGCUUCAUCGUCAAAUUUGCGAGCACUUACAACCCGUCGAGGGACUAUGUCGGCCCGCUGAUAUGGUCCGGGCUCGAGUGCGGCGUCUCCAUGAUCGUCACCAGCCUGCCCGGCAUCCGGACCAUACUCACCCGCAGGCGAUCGAAGUUGGCCGGAUCCACCGCCGUCAAGCGGUCCGACUACGCGUCGGGGGGUUCGUCCCGCUGGGCGCGCAGCGGUUUGUCCGGAAAGAAGAGCACCAACUGGUCGCUGUUCACCACCAAGGCCGGCACGCAGGUCCAGAACGAGAGCGAGGUCGAGCUGGGCGACAAGAGCCGCACGCCCGAGUCGCUGAAGAUGGACGGUGUUUCGGUAGCUGGCGCCGGGCAGAGGCAGCCUUCGUUUGAGCGAGGGUAUUGCCCUUGA